AUGGCUUUACAUGGAUCUUUUCUUCCAGUUCCUUCACUUGAAAAGUUUCCAAAUCUAGAAAGUUGUAAGAUUCCCGAAGAACUAACCUUCAAACGUGGAUAUAUAAUGCUUAAUUCUGGAAGGGAAGCAGUAGUUCUUAAAGUAACUAACAAUGGAGAUAGACUAAUACAGGUUGGAAGCCAUUACCAUUUUAUCGAGGUCAAUCCAAGUUUAAUUUUUGAUCAAAGAAAAGCAUAUGGCAUGAGACUAAAUAUACCCACAGGAACAACUACUAGAUUUAAGGUCACCCAAUCGAAACUAGAGCAUCCAUCAUACGGAGAUGAUUGGUCAAGAAAGUCAAUUAAAGAGAUUGAAUUCGAUUGUUGGGCUCAUGAACAAUUUCAAAUUGCAUCAUAUAUUCAACAACCAAGUUUUGAGGUAACAGAUUUUCUGGGAUCUCCAUUGAAGUUAGUUCCUGACAUUGGGAUCCUGUAUUGGACUAUAUAUACCCUUACCCUGGAAAAUGACAAGCAUCGCCCUUUUUGCCCACCAAAACUAGAUGGAUGGUCUGUUAUACAAGUGAACACCAAAGGUGCUUUCCCAUGGAAACCUGAUUGGCACACAUCACAUAUAACAAAGGAUGUUGUGUUGGGUGAUUAUGCCUUGAUGGAAAUGAUAUAUUGGUGUACAGGAAAUGAUGGGAUUAACAUACUUCAUGUUAAAUCAAUCAAAAAGAUUCUGAAUAUUGCAUUUAGUUUGCCUGGAAUCUCUUCAUCCAGCUUUGAUGCUUCAACAAGCAUCUUAUUGUUACCUUUUAGCCAAACCAAUUAUGUUAAGAAAGUAUGGAUUUCGUCUCAUUCUUUCUGGUGGUGA